AGUCAGUGUUUUCUUUCUGCUGUCACUGUGAUACCGUUACUCCAGAAAGCAUCUUUUAUUUCAUGAAUUUAAUUAAUGGUACAUUAGACUAUUAAGAGAUGGAAGUUAAUGUUGAUUUAUGUUCACCUGAAAAUGCAAGAAAAAAGCAGAGACAACCAGAGAAUUGGAAAGUUACCAAACAGAAACUGCAAAGGUACAGCCCAAAGGCCAUGCCAAACUACCCAACGUGUGGUCACAGAGGAAAGUGUCUGAACUGCAGCCUACUGACAAUGGUAGACAUUAAGGAGUUUCAUGCUGCAUUUUAUACCGUAAGAACUAAGAUGAGCCAGGAUGCUUUCAUCUUAAAAUACUGCAGUGUCUCAACACCAGUCCGAUACCGCCCUAGAUCUGGGGACAGAGGUAAGAAAACCAUUAAAUAUAAAUACUUUGUAAAAACCAAGUUGGAAACCGAAUUGAAGUUUGCAGAAGAGCAUUUUUGGGAAUUCUUGGAAUAACCAAGCACAGAGUAGAAGGUGUUUUUACUCGUUUUAAAAAGGAAGGGUCUGAUAUACCAGUCGAAACAAGAGGAGGUUUCCGGAAAGACUCCAAGUACAAAGCUAAAAAUGAAUCUGUUAUUGGCUUUAUUAAACAAUUUAAUGGACUCGAAUCACAUUACUCUCGAAAAAACAGCAGACGAAUGUACCUUGAUUCAGAUCUAAGUAUCGCAAAAAUGUGGAGGAUGUAUCAGAAUUCUGUUGAACAUGAAAAAAAAGUAACUCAGUCUCUGUUUAGAAGCAUCUUUGUUUCAAAGU